AGCCCAAAAAAGAAAAAACCCUAAUUGGAAUCAUGCAAAAUAGGCAAAACUGAGGGGGUUUAUUGCAAAAAUUCCAGAAGACCUUCAAAUCAACCCCCCCCCCCCAAAGGGAAAAACAUCAACUCCCUGUCAAGGACUCUUCUUCAAUUGCUCUGAUUGAAUUGAGAUUCAAACAUAUCCCUUCCCAUUUGUUGAACUCUCCUCCCAAUUUGAUGCUUCCACACACCUGCCUAAGACUCAUCUCCAUCAUACAUUUGAAUUCCAAGUUCUCAUCCUUCCAUGCUCUAAAAUGCACCCAUGAAUCUUUCAAAAAAAUGCAUCAUCCAGACAAAGACAUGCACCAUGACUUGGAUGCAUACCAGGUGCCUGGUAAAAUGCCUGACCGAGAUUAUAGAGCACAGAAUGCAUUGAUUAGGAGUUGCACGAUGAAUCAUCAAUACAAUGAAUCGGUUAUAGUUUUUCACCGGAUGCAUUGUGAUGUGGUAAGACCGGAUUGUCUUGCGUUGGCCGCAGUUGUCAAGUCAUCUGCUGUGCUUUUGCUUCAUGGAUUUGGAAGGUCCCUUCAUGGAUUUGCUGUUAAAGGUGGUUAUGUGAUGAUUGCAGCUGUUGCGAAAGCACUGAUGGAUAUGUAUGCCAGGUUUGAUGAGUUGCAUGAUGCUCAUCGGCUAUUUGCUGAAAUGGAUUGGAGGGACUCUGUCUCCUGGAACAUCUUGUUAUCUGGAUAUGCCCGUGCCGAGCUUAAUGUGCAAGUGAUGAAUCUCUUUUGUUUGAUGCAUGCCCAAGGAGAUGAAGAUGCUAAGCCAACUGCGAUAACCAUUGCGGUUGUUCUCCCUGUUUGUGCAAAGAUGAGGAGUUUGAAGUCUGGGCAAAUUGUCCAUGUUUAUGCUAUCAGAACUGGUUUAGAAUCUGAGACACUGGUGGGGAAUGCACUCUUGUCUAUGUAUGCAAAAUGCGGCAGUGUCAGAGACGAGGCACAUUAUGUUUUUAAUCACAUUGGUUGCAAGGAUGUCAUCUCUUGGAAUUCCAUGAUCUCUGGGUAUUCUGAACAGGGAUUCUUUGCUGAAGCUUUUCAAAUGUUUAAGCAGAUGAUCUCCAGCAGUUUCAAGCCUAAUCAUGCCACAGUUGCUACUAUUCUUCCCAUCUGUGCACUUGUAGAGAAUGGCUAUCUCUGUGGAAAGGAGAUCCAUUCUUAUGUGCUGCAUUCUGGCUUAGAGAAUGAUCUCUCCUCUAACAAUGCACUGCUGACAUAUUAUUCCAAAAUCAGAGAUAUGUGUAUUGCUGAAUCCAUCUUUGCGAACAUGGAAGUCAGAGAUCUUGUGUCUUGGAACACUAUGAUCACUGGAUAUGCCAUGGAUGGACACCCACUGAGGACACUAGGAUUGCUUCAUGAAUUGCUUUUAACUGGGAUGGAGCCCGACUCAAUCACUCUCAUAGGUGUGCUUUCAGCUUGCACUCAGUUGCACAAUGUCAAAGAAGGAAAGAAAAUCCACAAUUAUGUUCUUCAGCAUCCAAAGCUCUGUCUAGAAACAUCAAUAGGAAAUGCUCUCAUUAGUUUUUAUGCCAAAUGCGACAAACUAGAUGACGCACUAAAGACCUUCAUGGGGAUGCAAAGGAGGGACUUGAUAUCAUGGAAUUCUAUGACGACAGCUUACGCAGAUAAAGACCAAUGGGAGAAGCUUGCAGAACUUUUAAAUAAAAUGAGUAAUGAAAGAGUUCAACCUGACUCGGUAACCAUACUAAGUGUUCUUCAGGGAAGCACUUUUCUUGGUAUUGAAAAGGUUAGAGAAGUUCAUGGCUAUUCCUUGAGAACAGGUAUUAUAAGCAAAUUAACUGUUGGAAAUGCAAUACUUGAUGCAUAUGCUAAGUGCGGUAGCAUUGAGAGUGCAUUUAGAAUCUUCAUGAGUUUGACAGGAAAGAAUGUGAUAACAGGCAACACUAUGAUUUCCGGUUAUUUGAAGCAUGGUUUUUCAGAUGAUGCAGAGAGGAUAUUUAAUGAUAUGUGUGACAGAGAUCUCACCUCUUGGAAUCUAAUGGUUCAAGGUUACGCUCAACAUGACUUCAAUGAUAGAGCUAUAUGUCUGUUCAGGGAGUUUCAAGCCAAAGGCAUGAGACCUGAUACAGUCAGCAUUAUGAGCAUCCUUCCUGCUUGUGCUCGAUUAGCCUCCGUCUGCUUAGUAAGGCAAUGCCAUGGGUACAAAGCUAGGGCUUCUUUUGAUGACCUUCAACUAGAAGGAGCUCUGCUUGAUGCUUACUCAAAAUGCGGAAGUGUAAAUGAUGCAUACAAGCUAUUUCAUACAAGUCCUCAAAAGGAUCUAAUCACCUUCACUGCGAUGAUUGGCUGUUAUGCCAUGCAUGGAAUGGCAGGAGAAGCACUCAUUAUCUUCUUUGACAUGCUUGAGUUGAACAUAAAGCCUGAUCAUGUUAUCUUCACAACAUUACUCUCAGCAUGCAGUCAUGCUGGCUUGGUGGAUGAAGGAUGCAAACUUUUCAGAUCGAUAGAUACGACAUUCAACAUUAGGCCCACAAUGGAGCACUAUGCAUGUAUGGUGGAUCUUCUUGCUCGGAGAGGAAGGCUUCGAGAAGCUUAUGAAUUCAUAAUGGACAUGCCUUGCAAGCCGAAUGCAAGUGUAUGGGGCAGUCUGCUGGGUGCUUGCAAGAUGCACGGAGAGGUUGAGGUUGGACAGCUUGCAGCAGAUAACUUACUUAAUGUAGAGGGCGGAAAUAUCGGAAAUUAUGUGGUGAUGUCAAACAUAUAUGCCGCAGGAGGGAAAUGGAACAGUGUUGAGCAGAUGAGGAAGAUGAUGAAAGCCAAGGAUCUCAAGAAACCAGCGGGGUGCAGUUGGAUUGAAGUUGAUAGCAAAAGGCAUGUCUUUGUGGCCGCUGAUCUCUCUCAUCCAAACAGGUCCUCCAUUUAUGAUAUUCUUGUAACUCUGGAUCAACAGAUCAAAGAACUAUAUUCAUCAGCAAUAGAUGGUUGUCCUUCUUUCUGAAUUGGUUCAACAUCUACUAGAUCAAAUGUUGCAAAAGGUUCGUCCUGAUAUAUUUAUCCUGAAAUCAGUUGAACUUGAAGCCGGACAUCAAGUUGUGAAUUUGAGACUAAAUCUUCGAAUCAUCAAAGUACUCAUACAUAUAUAUAUAUAUAUAUAUACAGAAAUUAACACCCGGAGAAGCUGCUGAAAUUCAUGGUACCUGGUACCU